AUGGCAAACACCAAAGCUCAGUUCGACAAGGCAGUCGCCAUCGUCAAGGGUCUCCCCGCUGACGGACCCAUCAAGCCUUCCCAGGAGGACAAGCUUGCUUUCUACGCCCACUACAAGCAGGCCAACGAGGGCGACGUCUCUGGCCCCGCUCCUGGUGUCUUUGACUUUGUUGGCAAGGCCAAGUACAACGCCUGGAAGAAGAUUGCUGGCCUCAGCAAGGAGGAUGCUCAGGUCAAGUACGUCGAGCUUUUGAAGCAGAUGCUUGGCAAGUCUGACGACGAGUCUUCCAAGAACUACCUCGCCGAGAUUGAGGGUGUGUCUUCGAUUUCUCCUUCUCAUAUGAUGCACUCUGCUGACCAGAUUGAAGCUGCCGGCGCCCAGGCUUAG